GUGCCAUAAUACGUUCAAGAUUCUUUGUGUAGGAAAAAACCUGCUGGCAAUGAGCACGAGAAUAUCUUCAGUCUGAAGCACAGAUACGCAAUUAAGCGCUAUAUUAAGCCAGUAGUCUUCCAAGUUUAUCUCAUUACAUUUAUUUUAAAUUUAAAUUAGAAAGAUGCUAUGGCAUUGGCAUACGAAUGAUAUGAUGAUUAAUGAUGUGUGAGUUAUGUAUUUGCAUACAUAAACUAUUAGUAAACCUCGACGGCGGGGCCUGGCUCCGUUCUUCUAGUGGGGAAUUGAGAUGGUCAAAAAUAAUCAUUUCAAAUAAAAUCAAAAUGUGCACGAUUUCAUGUGUAAAAGUAUCGUCGUCCCAACGCUCGGAUUACGUUUAUUUAGAAAGGAAGGGCCGUCUGAUAUGGGCGGGAAUACAGCCUGUGUAUUUAAGUAGGCCUAUAUUCUGACUGUAUUAUCUGGAAAGGUGGCUGGGUGCUGUGUCCCGUCUGGCUCGGGAAGGAUGAGAAGAGGAAGGUAACGUGUGGUUGAUAUCAUCUGGAAGGCGACGCGGCGUGGCGACGAGGUCCCACAUGAAGUUAAAAAAUGACCCGGAGUUUCUUUACAUUCAAUUCAAUUUUUAUUUGUUUGAGAGUUUCAAUGGUGUCGAACAAUCACGUUGGUGGGUCUUAGCCCUUAUAUCUUUCAAGUCUUUUCUGACUGAGUCUGUAAACUAGAGUUAUACUGCCCUCUGUCGGGAAAGAUAGGCGUUGAUACAAAACCAUCAAUAUCUUAAAGUAAGAAACAGCAAUCACUAGCAAAUGAAUAAUCGUAAAUAAUCUGUUGGUAAUAUUUAGAUUUAAAUAGGCUAACUCACUUUUAUUCGUCAGUUAUAAGACGUCGGUCAUUAUUCACUCAGUGCAACAGUAGGACUUUUACAACCCCCUAUCAUACAUUGACUGAAGACAAACUUUGCACCGCGACAGCAGUGAUAAAGUACCUGUUGCAGUACAGUAUCCUGCCACUAGAUGUCAUACCAUCGUCAUACACCAACUGUAGCUGUACUGUCCUAAGAAGGGGGAAGGGGGGGGGGGGGGCUUGCGUCUACAACAGGCUGCCUGCUACUGAACAACAUAACCGGCUGCAGUAUUGGGCUUGUUUUAAUGUUGUAUUCAAUGCUCUGCCCUGUAUGGAUAUAAGUGGACGUUUAUCGGGAGUAUUGCAUGAUUAUAGAGACAUGACAACACGCGUGUCUUCAGCUACGUGCGUCAUCGGAAACCCUACAGCAUCCAUCCCAUCCCUUCGGGUGUCUUCGUGUCUUUGAACAACGGAGAGAGUGGGGGGAAGAAGCUAAGGGAUCACUUAAAGAUCGAUUUAAUUGUUCCCAAUACAUCGAUCAAUCAGUCCGUCGCCCAGUUCUUCCAACCUCAAAUGACCUCUGGGCGCAGACUCGCGCAAAUCAGCGUGCGCGUGGCGAUGUUGAGCGCGAUGCGCAUUCGUGCUGGUCACUAGUAGCGUUGUCAUAAAACAAGUGUGGCGGCGGUGACAAGUCGCACGCCGUCGUUGAAGCAAUGCCAGGCGUAACAAAGUACAAUUUAGUGGACGAUGUACACGAUUUGAGGAUCCCCAUGCACAACGAGGACGUGUUUCAACAUGGGGUGUGCUUCGAGGCGAAGUACAUUGGCAGUUUGGAGGUGGGUCGGCCAGGCAGCCGAAUGGAGAUAGUUGCUGCAAUGAGGAGAAUACGGUACGAGUUCAAACUGAAGAACGUGAAGAAGAAGAAGGUCAACAUCAUCGUGUCGACGGACUUCGUCCGGGUGAUCUUGCGUAAGAAGAGGAAGAGGAAGGAGUGGUCCUGGGACGACAGCGCCGCCCUGGUGGCCCAGGACCCCAUCUACAGGAUCUUCUACGUGUCCCACGACGCUCAGGACCUGAAGAUCUUCAGCUACAUCGCCCGCGACGGCCAGAGCAACGUGUUCCGCUGCAACGUCUUCAAGUCCAAACGAAAGGUAGGGCAGCGUCACGGCGCCGGGACAGUUCGCGCGACACGUAGCCGCCCGACACGUAGCCGACACGCCGACACGUAG